CGCCAAUUCAUCAAGUAAUCAUAAUGAACUGCUGUAAAUCGGAAGAGGAAAUUGAAGCUUAUCAAAAAAAUAGGGAAAUUGACCAUAAACUUGAGAAAGAAAAAAAAAGAUUAGCCCGUGAGAUUAAACUCCUAUUACUCGGCACGGGCGAGUCAGGUAAAUCAACGUUUAUCAAACAGAUGCGUAUUAUACAUGACAAUGGAUUUUUGGAUGAUGAAAAAAGAAGCUUCAUUACGUUGAUAUUCCGAAACAUAUUUAUGGCCAUACAGUCUAUGAUUAAAGCUAUGGAUAUGCUUGAAAUAUCCUAUGGUGUUGCCGAACAUAUAGAUCUUGCUGAUCUGUUGAUGAGCAUUGACGAUGAAAAAGUUGCAACACUUGAGGAUCCUUAUUUAAGCGCCAUUAAAACUCUUUGGUCUGACUCUGGAAUACAGGAGUGCUACAAUCGUCGAAGAGAGUAUCAGUUAAUUGAUUCCGCCAAAUACUAUCUUAACAACAUACACCGCAUCCAGGAGCCUGAUUAUUUGCCCUCUGAACAAGAUAUAUUGCAUUCCCGUUCACCGACAACUGGAAUACUACAGUAUAGCUUCAAGUUGCAUCCAUUUACUUUUAGAAUGGUAGAUGUAGGUGGGCAGCGCUCGGAGAGAAGAAAGUGGCUUCAUUGCUUUGAGAAUGUUCAGCUAGUUAUAUUUCUAUCAGCGGUAUCUGAAUAUGAUCAAGUCUUACUUGAAAGCGCUCAUGAUAACCGAUUGGAAGAAUCUAAAGCUUUAUUCCAGACAAUUGUUGAGUGUAAAUACUUCAAAAACUCGUCUCUUAUGCUAUUCCUUAACAAAAUCGAUUUGCUAGAGGAGAAAAUUGCGUACUCGCAUUUAGUUGACUAUUUUCCAGAAUUCGAUGGCCCAAAGGGAGAUGCAAAUGCAGCCCGUGAUUUUAUUCGGCGCUCGAUUAUGGACAUAGAGUUAGAUGAUUUGAAAGUUUAUUAUCAUUAUACCUGUGCCACAGAUACGGAAAAUAUUAAGGUUGUGUUCGCCGCUGUGAAAAAAAACAUUAUGAUUAAAUUAACUAGUGAAUUUCAGUAUAGUUAAACAUUUUGGCGUAUUAUGUAACCAAAAACUAUCA